CCCUCCCCCGGCUGCGUGCAUUUCAUACCAGCCUCAUUCCUCGCAUUCCUGCCUUGCUCCUGCCACACGCCGCCCGGGGGGUGGGAGCGGCCCGGCCCCCUCCCGGAGCCUCCAGCGCCCCCCUCCGCUCGCCAGUAAGUCCCGGAGCUGAAGGCGGAAAAGGGGAAGCGGAUUUGAAGCCGGUUCCUCCGCAUGUAGGGAACAAGCGCCGGUCUCGACUCUCCAGAGGAACUGAGCUAUAAUUAGAGUGUCCCUUAGGAUUUCUGAGCAUCCUUCCACUCUGGUUUUGUGGCUGCUUCUCCAAUUGGCGCCUUGGAGUUUCUAGCUGGCACCAUUACCUCCAACGAGUGGAGUUCUCCCACCUCCCCUGAGGGGAGCAACGACUCAGGGGGCAGUGAGGCCUUGGACAAGCCCAUCGACAAUGAUGCCGAGGGUGUGUGGAGUCCGGACAUUGAGCAGAGCUUCCAGGAAGCGCUAGCCAUCUACCCGCCAUGCGGACGGCGGAAGAUCAUCCUGUCGGACGAAGGCAAGAUGUACGGCCGAAAUGAGCUGAUUGCCCGCUAUAUUAAACUGAGAACAGGGAAAACGCGCACAAGGAAACAGGUGUCUAGUCACAUCCAGGUGCUGGCGCGUCGGAAAGCCCGGGAGAUCCAAGCCAAGCUAAAGGAUCAGGCAGCUAAAGAUAAAGCCAUGCAGAGUAUGGCUACAAUGUCAUCUGCCCAGAUCAUCUCUGCAACCGCCUUCCACAGUAAAAUGGUAUUGCCUGGCCUCCCGCGACCAGCCUACCCUGCUGUGUCUGGGUUUUGGCAAGGAGCUUUGCCAGGCCAAGCUGGAUCCUCUCACGACGUGAAACCUUUUUCUCAACAAACCUAUGCUGUUCAAUCUCCACUCCCGUUACCAGGGUUUGAGUCUCCUGCUGGCCUCUCACCUUCCCCAUCGGCUCCACCUUGGCAGGGGCGAAGGGUUGCCAGCUCCAAACUUUGGAUGUUAGAAUUCUCUGCAUUCUUGGAACAACAACAAGACCAAGAUACAUAUAACAAGCACCUGUUUGUUCACAUUGGCCAGUCAAGCCCCAGCUACAGUGACCCCUACCUCGAGGCGGUGGACAUCCGGCAGAUCUAUGACAAGUUCCCUGAGAAGAAAGGGGGCCUGAAGGAGCUCUUUGAAAAGGGGCCACCCAAUGCCUUCUUCCUUGUAAAGUUCUGGGCUGAUUUGAACACCAACAUUGAAGAUGAAUCCAGAUCUUUCUAUGGUGUUUCCAGCCAAUACGAAAGCCCAGAAAACAUGAUCAUUACUUGCUCCACUAAAGUGUGCUCCUUCGGAAAGCAGGUGGUGGAGAAAGUGGAGACGGAGUAUGCUCACUAUGAAAAUGGACACUAUUCCUAUCGCAUCCACCGCUCCCCUCUAUGUGAAUACAUGAUUAAUUUCAUCCAUAAACUCAAACAUCUCCCAGAGAAAUACAUGAUGAACAGCGUGCUGGAGAACUUUACUAUUUUACAGGUUGUGACGAACAGGGACACUCAAGAGACCUUGCUGUGCAUAGCGUAUGUUUUUGAGGUGUCAGCUAGUGAACAUGGUGCCCAGCAUCACAUCUACCGGCUGGUGAAGGACUAGAGAUUCUCUGCCCAGGAACUGCCUCCAUGAAUGUAUAUCUGAGGGAAACGCCCGUGCCUAACCCCCAAUACCAAUCCGAAAAAUAAACUGCAGACAUGGUGUAUUUUCA